GGCUGACAGUGAGGGGGGAUCGGGGGUGCGGUGGAAUUCUCAAUAGCGGGUGCCCGAGACGAGAUCGCUGGAGGAAAUGAUCCUCGGCGUGAGAGAGCGGCUGACCGAGGCGAUUCGGAUGCGGCUGAGGGCAGACGUGCCGGUCGGCAUCUACUUGUCCGGCGGGAUCGACUCGUCGCUCGUGGCCGGCAUCGUGACCCACCUCGUGAGAGAGGAGGGCGUCAAGAUGGGCAACCGCAACGCCACGGAUCGGAUCUGCUGCUUCAGCAUCGAGUUUCCGACAGAUUCCAACUUUGACGAGUCAGGUAUGUGCCGUACCGUACUUGCAUAGCUUAUUACGUUCCGGCGUUGACCGUCGACACCGAUGGUCCACUGUGCAAAAACACGCGCGCGAUGCAGCGGAGGGGUGAGCGAGCG